UCUCACUAAAUUGUUACUUUUUCAUUCAAUUCUACUUCUUGAUUUUUCUCCUCGAUUAACAAUCAAUUCUUAAUUGACUGUUGGUUUUUUGCUGAUUUUCUCUCACUAUCUGUGAUUAUCAACCAUCAUGGCUUCACGAGGAGCCCUCAUUUUCCGUCAGUUAUUUGAUCGAACUUGUUGUGGAUACUCAUACUUAAUUGGUGACCGAGCCCAGAAAGUUGCCCUUCUCAUUGACCCUGUUCUUGAGCAAGUUGAUCGAGAUCUUAAAUUAGUUGAACAACUCGGACUUGAGCUUAGAUAUGUUCUUAAUACUCAUGUUCAUGCCGAUCAUAUAACGGGGUCUGGAUUAAUCAAGAAUCGUUUGAAUUUAGAAAAUAAUUCAAAAGUGAUUAGUAUCAUAUCUAAAUCAAGUGGAGCUCAGGCUGAUAUUUGUGCUGAAGAUGGACAAGUUAUUGAUUGUGGUUUGAUUAAACUAAAUGUAUCUUUCACUCCAGGUCAUACCAAUGGUUGUAUGAGUUUAAUUGAUCACGAUAAUAAACGAGCCUUCACCGGAGAUACUUUGUUCAUUAGAGGUUGUGGUCGAACCGAUUUUCAAGAAGGAUCAUCAUCCAAGCUUUAUGAUUCAGUUCACUCCAGGCUUUUUAUAUUACCUGAUGAUUAUAAUGUUUACCCGGCUCACGAUUAUAAUGGUCAAUUAACGUCAACAAUUGGAGAGGAAAAAAAGUUUAAUCCAAGAUUGAGUAAAUCACGGGAAGAAUUUAUUCAAAUUAUGGAAAAUCUUAAUCUUGAUUAUCCAAAAAUGAUGGAUGUUGCUGUCCCUAAAAAUAUGAUUUGUGGUGGUACAUGAAUCGUGAUUGAUUAACGAUAACUUUUUAAUUGUAAAUGAAACAAACAACCAAAUUAACUGUGAGUUAAUCAACUUUUCAUCGAUUUCGGUAUGCAAAUCCAAUCUAAUUUGUACAAAAAUAUACAAUUAGUAAAAGAAAAAAUUACUCUAUUAAAUGUUUUUUUUCCACAAUUAAA